AUGUUUCCCCUCCUUGGAAACGAGAAGCGGCGCAGAAUAAAUCUCGGCGGCGUAAACUCCGCGUCGUCCCACGCCGCCAUCAUUAACCAGGCAAAGGCCCUGCGAUCCGAGCGCCAGAACUCCCGCAAACGCCUCGAGAGCGUGAUUCGAAUACAGGCCUGGUUCAGAGGCGUACACCAGUCAAGGACAGUGCGCCAGCAGCUCAGGUCCCUCUUUGACCAGGACGUGCUCAGCAUCACCGGCCUGCGCUGCCUGGUCCUCAUCGGCAGAGACCAGGCCGUCCUCGGCCAGUGGUCCGCUGCCAUUUUGAAUGGCGGUCAAGAGGCCUUCUUUAAGAACGCAACCUCGUCCGAUCAACAUAGCUGGCUGGUCCUCACCCGUCAAGCCGCUCUCCUCCUUCUCCGGUCCGUCGCCGACGACCCACAAUCUCCCUAUGCAGUCGAUCACCUCCGCGUGCUCGACAUCCUUCUCUCCUCCACCUCUCUCUCUAAUCUUCUAGGGACACUCGGAUCCAGCCUGAACGCAAAGAUAUUAGAAUACCUCCUCCAUCACGAUCUGUACCCACUCCUGUCCAGAGCGAUCUCCACAAUCCCUGUUGAAUCGAAGAAAGCUCCGUCUCUUGUACUCCUCGUUCCCCUCACAACACAUCCACUGUACACUUUCAAGGCCUUGUCCGAUCUGUACUCGCGAUCGUUCGCCCAGCUCCUGGAGCACAUCCUGUCCAUCCCUCUCCUCCCUAAUCGUCUUCCCUUGACCGCACUCACUACCUUUUCCGCACGUCUCCCCAUCUCCUCGAUCCACGUCGUCUCUCCCGCCCAGCUCGUCGCGUCUCUCUCCUCCGUAGAUAGCAGAAUUCACCUCCUCGCUAACCUCAGUGCCUUUGUCCCCCCUCGUUAUUCCAAACAGCCUGGGCUCCCCACCCCCGCUCUUACCGCCUACAUCCGCAUCCUUAUCGCCAUCGUGAAUUCAGUGCCUGUGGGCUCGCUUGACCAGUCUCCUCCCAGCGCCGCAUCCACAAUCGGCAAGCACGCAUUUGAUGCAGGGUCUGAUUCUGAAGACGAGGGCCCGCGCGUCGUCUCCGUCUCGUCUUUUGCACCGCCUCCUGAGCCACUUCCCGUGGUGGACUCUCGCACGCUCAAGCGGCUGCAGACCGUCCCGGCCAUGUCCCAUCUGAAUGCCAUCCUGGUCGCCACGCAACACCAACCGUCGACGCGCCCGCUGAUUUAUGAGUUCCUCCUGGCCGUAUGCGCAGCGUGGCCGUCGCGAUCCACCGAGAUUCUCAGCGCGGUCGUCACCUCCACGAAUGGCGGCAUGGUGAGAGAGCUUUACAAGACGUACGUUCGAGGCUCGCCUUUGGGACGCGACGAGACUACUGCGACCCUCAUGGAUCCCGUCCAUGCGCCGUCAUGGCCUCCCUUGGUGUUCCUCGUCGAUCUGUACACUCAGUCUCUUGUGACCAUGGGCGACGACGAAUUCUUUUCGUCCGCCGCCGCCGCGCCGCAGUCUGCGCGCAACCCCCUCUCGCUCGACGAGCUCUCCUCGUUCUCACGGCAGUUGUUGAACAUCGCGUUUACGCUCUACUGGCGCGAGGAUCAAACGAACGUGCAGCAGGGCUCGGUGCCCGGGGUUCACCUUAGAUGGGAGGGCCUGAGAGAGAAGGUGACAAAGUGCCUUCAGGCCAUCCAUGCCAGAGACUCUCGCAAGUCGUUCACGCCGCCCGACCAUUGGCUGAUCAGCUCGCAGAUCGACUUGUCCUCGUUCAUUGAAGCCGCAGUAUUCGAGGACCAGCAGCUUUCGCAGCCUGUGGGCGCCCGGCCGCUCAGUAAGCGACAAGUUGCCUACCUUUCUCCGCGCCUCGGGAUCCUCAACAACAUCCCCUUUGCGAUUCCCUUUGACGUUCGCGUCGCCAUCUUCCGUCAAUUCAUCGACAACGACGAGAGGAACCUGGGGCACGGUCCAGACACGUUCCUUUACGCGACCGAGGCGACCGUGCGCAGGGGCCACAUCGCCGAGGACGGCUUUGACAAGCUGGGCGAGGCGAACCUCAAAGGCCGGAUCAAAAUCACCUUUAUCGACCAGUUCGGCGAGGUCGAGGCCGGGAUCGACGGCGGCGGCGUGUUCAAGGAGUUCCUCACGGAUCUGUGCAAGGAGGUGUUUCACAGCGACCGCGGGCUGUGGCUCACCAACAAGCAGAACGAGUUGUAUCCGAAUCCGCACUCGUAUGCGACUGAGCCUCACAGCCUGAACUGGUACCGCUUCAUCGGCCGCAUCCUCGGCAAGGCGCUCUACGAGGGCAUCCUGGUCGACGUCGCGUUUGCAGGCUUUUUCCUAGCAAAGUGGUUGGGCAGGCAGAGCUUCCUCGACGAUCUCGCUUCGCUGGAUCCAGAGCUCUAUCAGGGUCUCAUGUUCCUGAAGCAUUAUCAAGGCAAUCCAGAGGACCUCUCGUUGAAUUUCGCCGUCACCGAGGAGGAGUUCGGUGUCGCCAAAACAAUUGACUUAUGCCCCAACGGGAGCAACACGCCCGUCACUCGCGAGAACAAGCUGGAGUACAUCUACCGCAUGUCGCAUUAUCGCCUCACGGCACAAAUCAAGCGUCAGAGCGAGGCGUUUUUCGAAGGGCUGUCGGACGUGAUCGACCCCAAAUGGCUUCGGAUGUUCAAUCAGCAGGAGCUUCAGGUCCUGCUUGGCGGUGUGAACGCACCCGUCGACCUCGACGACCUGAGGGCGAACACGCACUAUGGCGGCGUGUACGGUGACGACAACCCGACGAUAGUCGCCUUUUGGAACGUGGUCAAGUCGUUCGAUCAAGAACAGCGCCGCGCGCUGCUUCGGUUCGUCACGAGCGUGGGGCGUCCGCCGCUGCUGUAA